GUAUGAUUGGUUGAUUUCUUUGAUCGUGGUAUGGUCUGUGGCAGUGAAAUGUGUCAUUGUGCAAAAUGCGAAAUCAGAACAGAGUUUCCUAGGACUUCAACCGACAGUGCCCCGUGGACUAAAACUUCUGGGUUUUAAGAGUAAACCAACAAAAACGAUGUUCAGAAAAAUUAACGGUGGAUUGAUAUCAAGAAGUUAGAGCAUAAGGGUAUGAUUGUAAACAUUUUCCUCUGUAGCAGAUUUUAAAUUUGACAAAAAUGAACAAGCUAAUGAUGUCUGCAUUGAUUCUAGGAGUGAUUUUGAUUGAAUUGGUUGGUGCUCUGCAAGGUGUUCAGCCUGAUAUUCAACCAAACGCUCAACGUGCCUUACCAACUUGGCCACGAACUGUACCUUGUCCGAACAGAUGUGUAUGUACCAUCACCAAUGCUUAUUUAUAUCCCCUUCGUCAAGGAGUCUAUCGCAAAGUAGACUGCGCCAAUAAACAGCUUAACUUCAUCCCAAAAAAUCUGCCCUUAGAAACAGAUAUCCUACUUUUAAACAAUAAUAAAAUUCGCAACAUUGAACGAUCAUCAUUUCGCUCUGUUCUUGAUCUCCAAUAUCUAGAUUUAUCGUAUAACAUCAUCCAGUAUAUUGAAGAUGGAGUUUUUGAUUUUAACCGCAAUCUAGGUUUGAUUAAUCUUGGUUGGAAUUCGAUACAAAUGUUGGAUGACAGUGUAUUCCGCAGACAGGAGGACCUGACAGAUCUCACGCUUGCUGGCAACAUGUUGACGGAAGUACCGUAUGCAGUUAAAAACAUUCGUUCUUUACAGGUUCUCCAACUGUAUCAGAACUCUAUCACUUCUCUUGAAAAUAGUCCUUUUCUUGGUUUGGAAAGUUUACAGUUUCUGAAUCUUCACGACAAUCAUAUUGAAAAAAUUGAGAACACAAUCUUUUUAAGAAAUUUAGAACUCAGCAACAUCUACUUGAAUGCAAAUAAGAUCACAGUAAUUCCCCCAAAUCUUUUCCGCAACUUACGCAAUCUAGAUUACCUUGCGUUAAGUGAUAACUUGAUCGCAGGACUUCAUGUAAUGGUUUUUCGUUUAGCAGGAAAUAUUCGCAGCCUUGAUUUACAACGAAACCGUUUGACACGUCUUCCAAGUGGCAUUUUUCUCGGAAUGACAAGAUUGCGAGAAAUUAACUUGCAAGAGAACAAGCUACGCGCUGUGCCUCCAAGCAUGUUCACAGGUCUCAAUAACCUGCGUUCAAUAGACCUCUCUAAAAACAAACAAAUUGGAACGCUACCUCCAGACGUUUUUAGCCACCUACCUAAUCUGGAGACCAUCGUUCUAAGCCACUUGAUUGGCAUUGAUGCAAGAACUUUUUACGGUCUUCCACAUUUAAAAAUGCUCAAAAUUACAGACAGUAAUUUGAACACAUUGCAAAAUGACAUCUUCAAAGACAAUCGACUUCUGGAACAUAUUGCAGUGCCAAAAUGUGGAAUCAAUAUUGUUCAAGAACGAGUGCUGGCAGGAUUGUCGAAACUCCGUUCGAUAGAUUUUUCAGAUAACAGACUAACAUACGUUGACGAGAGUAUGUUUGCUCUGAGUCAACUGAAUUCGCUUGAAACUUUACAUUUGCAAUACAAUGAGAUACGUGAUGUGUCCGUGCAAGCCUUUAGGAACCUUGGAGCAUUGUUAAAUCUACGGCUGGAUAAUAACCAGAUUCCAACUCUUUAUGCAUUUAUGUUUUCAGGUCUUGUGAGUUUGAGAAGCUUAGAAGUAGACCAUAAUGCAAUCACUCUUGUGCAGGCUUCUGCUCUCGCUGGCAUGCCUGCUCUUGGAAGAUUUGACAUCUCCAACAACCCUAUAAAUUGUGAUUGUACCAUCUUGCCAUUCAUAGACUGGUUCCACGCAAACCAAAACAAGAUGUUUUCCUUAACGCAAACCGUAUGUGGAGCACCCUCAAAGUAUGCUCACGAUCCAAUAAAAACAGUAAUGAAUACAGUCUCUGGUAAUCCGUUCACGUGUGUCUCUCCAAGAAUCGUGUCGCAACCUAAAGCUUUGAAGAUAUACAUCUUGGUGUCAACACAUUCCAAAUUACCAUGUGACCUAGACGAGCAUGUAGUUGCACAACAAGAGUGGAUACUGCCUUCAUUUAGAAUGAUAACUGUCGGCAAGUUGCCUACUAUGACCAACAUCAAUGCACAGCAGCACGUCACCGCACUUACGGAUGGAACCCUUAUUAUUCAGAGUGCCACUUAUACAGAUUCAGGACCAUACACAUGUACAGCAACUAAUAGCAGAGGGGUUGCAUCUAUUACUUACAACAUCUUAGUUGUGGAUUCCAUACCAGCAGGAGGAGUCACAGCACCAGGUGCAGGAUCACCAGGGGCUAGGCCUAAGCCUCCAACUGGAGGUGCUGGAGGAACAGGCAACAGUGGUGGCUCAAUUCCUGUAACUGUAAAGCCAAAUGGACCUAAUGCUGGAGCUGGAAAUCCUGGUAUUGGGAAUCCAGGAACUGGUACAGGUACUGGAAAUACAGGCACUGGAAAUACUGGACCUGGAUCUCCAGGAACUCCUGGUAUUGGGGAUCCAGGAACUGGUACAGGUACUGGAAAUACAGGCACUGGAAAUACUGGACCUGGAUUUCCAGGAACUCCUGGAAUUGGAAAUCCAGGAAUAGGAGGAAAUCCAGGAAUAGGAGGAAAUCCUGGCAUAGGAGGAAAUCCUAGCAUAGGAGGAAAUCCUGGCAUAGGAAACAAUGGUUUUGGAAAUCCAGGAAUAGGAAAUCCCGGCAUUGGAAAUCCAGGAGUUGGAAAUCCUGGAAUAGGAGGGAAUCCUGGCAUAGGAACUCCUGGUGUUGGAAAUCCAGGAAUAGGAAAUCCUGGCAUUGGAAAUCCAGGAGUUGGAAAUCCAGGAGUUGGAAAUCCUGGAAUUGGAAAUCCUGGAGUUGGAAAUCCUGGAGUUGGAAAUCCAGGUAUUGGAAAUCCAGGUAUUGGAAAUCCUGGAGUUGGAAAUCCUGGAGUUGGAAAUCCUGGAGUUGGAAAUCCUGGAGUUGGAAAUCCUGGAGUUGGAAAUCCUGGAGUUGGAAAUCCUGGAGUUGGAAAUCCAUGGAUUCCUGGAGCUGGUUCUCCAGGCGUAAUAAUUCCCGGCACAGGAAAUGUGUUGCCUAGCAAACAUCCCCGUAUAUUACCUCCAUUUCACCCCACAAAUGUACCAUCCCUAACAACUGAGAUAAUUUACGAUCCACAUCCUUGUACACCAAGCCCUUGUCUACAUAAAGGUAAAUGUGCAGAAGUUCCUGCAGAUGCCGUAGAGGGCGCCUCUGAUGAAAGGAUAAAUACGAAACCAAAAGUGACAAACAAAUCAGCAGUGCCUGCAGCUGUCGCUGAGCCUGUAGUUCUCAAGGCUAAGUGUGCGUGUACAGAAGAGUGGGGUGGACGGUACUGUGAGAUUUUACUUCCGGGUCAACCAGUUAAUGUGGAAAUAAUAAAUACACACAGCAACUUUAUCCAGAUUCAAUGGGAAGAAGGGGAGAUAAACGGCGACCUCUCUGGUUACAAAGUGCUUUACCGAAAACUUGGUGGAACCGACCCCAUUGAGGUAAGCAUGCCACUCGAUCCAGACGUCAAGUCUUUCACACUACAUCAGCUUGAAACAGAAGCAAAUUAUCGUGUUUGCGUUGUGGCUUACAACACGGGUGGCGAAAGCAGUCUUAGUGACGGCAACUGCAUCUCAGUGCACACAAACGAAUCCGACAAGUCACAUGCUAAAGAUAACAUCUCUAUCUUAACAGUAUCGCUCGGAGGGCUUGGUUUGUUGGUGGCAAUAACAGCAUCAGUGGCAUAUUACCGAUACAACCAUAAAAAACAAAAGCCAGCUGAAACGAUUCAAAUGAGGGCAGACAACCUGAAGAAAGGAUUACAGAAGAAGGGUCGAGCAGCAGUUAGGCCAGCACGUGCGGUAGUCAGGCCCGAGACGGUGUAUUACUCACCAAACAAUGACAAUGUUAUGCUGCUUGAGAUGAACUCUCAAAUUCCAUCCAUGAUGUACCUCAAUCCCAGUGCUGUACCACCAAAAGCUAUCAAGCCUAAACCACAAAAGAGACGUCUCCAGAUACAGUCAGAUUUGGAGUAAGUUCAUACUCAAUAUGUAACCUUUUCUACCUUAAUGGAAAUAAAUUGCAAAAAAAAUAAAAAUUUUAUUCAUACCAAUAUCAAUUUAUAUUAUUUAUUUUCAUGUGUUUUUCUACAAUUUUUUUUCUAUAAAAUGUACGAAAAUACUAUUUUAAAAAGCUAAUUUCUAUGGCUAAAAAAGAUUUUGUGUCAGUAGUAACAGCAGAUGCAUGGGUAGUCUACACAUAUGGUGGAAUGGGGGGAACAUGUAUCUCUGCUUGUCAGGUUUUGUAUGUGGAUUCUUUUCUAUUCCUAAGAUGAGACACUCACUGCCAAUGCUUAAAUGUAUUUUGUCCUUGUUUACUUUUUAAUUAGGCAAGACUUUUUUAUAACUUGUUUGGCAAACCCACCACCCUCCAAUAUUGAUAAUUUAUAAUAAAAAUUAAAUAAAAUUUUUGGACCAUUAGUCCACAUCCACCACCGCAAAAAAAAUUGAAAAUAUCAGAAAAAAAUAAAAGUUUUUCUUUAUUGUUAUUAAGCCCGCUGCUCAGUGGCCUUGAGAUCUCCAAAAAUAAGAUAUGUAUAUUUCUUCCUAUUUAUAUAAAUUUAAAGCAUUUAAUCUUCCAAUUACAAUACCACUUACAUUCAGCAAUAAAAAGUUAUUUUUAUUUUAUCCUCCAUCAGGAGGUUUUUGGAAAAACUAUUUGCUGAACAAGAAAACAAAAUUUUAUUUUAAUUUUUUUCUGCCCACCUCUAAUAAGUUUGCGAAACAAGGAAAGAAAAAGUCUUGCCUUACCAUGUAAGUUAUUAGCUUUCAAUUACAAAUUAAAAUGAAAAAAAAUCUUUGGAAAUUAAAGAAUGCAUAAAUACCACUAUUCCUCUAUUAUUUUAAUAUGCCCUUAAAUUGGCUGGUAAUCAAUUUUAAGGAUAUAAAAAAUAGUCUGUUAAUCAAUUAUUCUGUUAUUAAAUCCUUUCAAAUGAAUAAUUCAGUGCUUUCAUUAUAUUUUGAGUUUAUUUUAUAAAACAGUAUAUCUCAAAUAUGUAAUAAAUAUACUAUAUUAUUAUUAUUAUCUUUAUAUUAUCAUCAUCUAUAAAGUUUUUAUGUUUGUUUAGGUCUCAUCCACAAAAAAUGUGUGUCUGCUACCAAAGCUUUACUAUAUUAUAAUCUAUCAGAUUAACUCAGGACCGAGAAUACCAAUAUGUAGAAUUUGCAUGGAAUUUAAUUUUAGGGUACCUGUGUUCAUUCAUGUGUUGAAAAUGCAAACAUCCUGAGCUCUCCAAGCUAUGAAUGGUUGUGAUGCAAUACAUAUUACAUAUGGCCUCAUUUAUACUGAUAAUCUAUUUGCACAUGUUGAUGUUAGAAACAGAAUGCUACUGUUACAAUAGUAUGUUUAGGAUGGUAUUGUAAAAAUGUUACUAUGUGAAUAUACUGUACUUUAAAAAAGAUGGAUGACAUAUGGACUAUCAAAUAUGCUGUAUUUCAAUGCACCUGUGAUCACUGUAAACCCAACUAAUGAAAAAAUGAUGAUCGUAACAUGAAAAAUAAUUAAUUUAACCAGCAGCGUAACUACAGUAGGUGCUAAAGGGCACUGGUGCAAGAUUAAUUGCCGGGCCUUUUGAUGUGAUAGGGGAAUUCCCUAGUUAUCAGAAAAUUCAUCGUAUAAAUACUAUUGAUAAUCGGCUUCAUAACUAUUUCAAGAUUGGCAUAUUCGUUCUCAGCAGCUGUUCUAAAUUAAUUAAUAAAAAUUGGUGGCACGCAAAAUUAAACAAUUGCAGUGGCGGAUCAGGGAAUUCGAAAAGAGGGGCCAGGGAGGAAUUUUCACAGGUAGAGGAGGAAGGCCACUGGAAGUAACACCAUAAAUUAAUACCUUCCUAUGCAGUCUUUAAACUUAUGAUUAUAAUAGUUACUUUAUUUUACAACUUGGGAAGCUGUAAUCACAGUGACCAUGGGUGUAUCGCAGUGCCAAAUAAUAUAAUAUUGAUAUAAAUAUGAUUAAAAAACUGAUGUAAAUACUGAAUACAAAUAUUUUUGAUGCAAGAGCUUGAAUGCAAGAUAAAUGAUUGAAAGUUACGCAUGACUGAACACAAACCACCAGAGGUGAUUCUAAAGCAUGAAUUUGAUUACAAAAUAGAAAUAUAUUUUGGUAUUACAUAUAGUUUAAAAUUUAUAUAUAUUUUAAGAUAUAAAAUCAAGGAGAAUACAAUUUUCCAUAUCAGAUUCAAAUGCAUUAUAAAAAAGUAUGACACUACUGCACAGGCUUGUUACUGAAUUCUCCCUUUUAUCGCAAUAUAUUAGCGCUUUUUAUGUUUUAUUAUUAGUCUAAAAUUACCAACAAGAUUCAUUUAGGGAAACUCCUUUACCAAUUGAAUCUCUCUUGCUGGUUGUGCCGCUGAGUGGUGAAUUGUGUACAUUCAAAAUAUAUGCAAAUGUAUUCAUUAUGCAAUGAAUAUGCAAAUUGCUAUAUGCAAAUAUAUCUAUAGGCAAAUUUUGCAAAUAUUUCACUUUGUCAUAUACCAGGGCUGGUCUUCCCUUGUGAAACUAUGUCAUAUGGAAUAACUAUAAACCACUAGACUGUUAAUAUUACAGAAAAAUUUUCAAAAUAUAUUGAAAAAUAUUGUAUAUGUUGAGCAAAAAAACUUACAAAAUUAUUAUUUAAUGUGCUUAGGCAAGACUCUUUUAUGCCUUAUUUAGCAAACCCUCUGACUGCCAAUGAUGGUGAUUUCAAAUGAAAAUAAAAUUUUAUUUUUGGCCAGUUAGCACACGCUCCACCACAAAAAGAAUAUAGUAAUUUUUAGAAAAAUGUUUUUUUUAUUGUGCCCUCCGCUCCCCUGAAAUCGCCAAAAAUAAGAUGUAUAUAUUUCUUCGUUAAUUUUAUAAAUGUAAAGCAUUUAUCAAUCUUAUUACUACACAGUAUUGUAUAUUUAUUUUCUCCGCCCCAUAGAUGCUUUAGGAAAUUCAUUUUCCGCAUUCCUCUGAUGAUAAUUAAAAAUAUAAGUUCGCUAAACAAGGUAUUAAAAAGUCUUGUAUUGCAUAUAAGUUAUUACCUUUCAAUUAAAAAUUAAUUAAAAUUAAAUUAAAUAUUAUUUUUUCCUUUGGAAUCAACAAGAUGUAUCAUAAUACCAUUCCUGUAGUUUUGCAUAGCUCUUUAAAUUGGCCGGUCAAUUUAAGGAUUUUAAUCGAAAAUAUGUCAGUUAAUCAGUGAAAUCGGAAUUGUUUUUAAUUUGUGUUUUAUUUGAAGAUAAUAACUUAUUUAAUCUUUAUAAAUAAGCAAUUCAAUAUUUUUAUCUAGUUAUUUAGUUUUUUUAGGUUUUACCGCAAGUUAAGAUAUUGUGUUUAAAAUAUAUAUUAUAUAAUAGUUCUCAUUUUUUUUUUUAAAUAUGUCUGUUAAUCAGUGAAAUUGGAAUUUGUUUUUAAUUUGUGUUUUAUUGGAAGUUAAUAACUUAUUUAAUCUUUAUAAAUAAGCAAUUAAAUAUUUUUAUUUAGCUAUUUAUGUUUUUUUAGGUUUUAACACAAGGUGAGAUAUUGUGUUUAAAAUAUAUAGUAUAUAAUAGUUCUCAUUCUUUUUUUCUGCCUUUUAGCAUUAUGUGUUCUGUACUUUUGUUAAUAGUUCAUUUAUGUACACAGGUGAAAAAUAGCCAAUCAGAAAAUUAUUUAAGUCUGAUCUUACAUUGCUUGCAGUGUAUUCUGGUGCUCUAUAAAUGUUUUGUGAUUGAUUGAUAUAAUGUAUGUGUAUGUGUUGUAAAUCUUAUUAUAUUUGUGAAUAUAUGUGAUAUAUUGCUGUUGCAGUCUCCACAAUUUUUGAUAAGACAAGCCUAAUGAAGUAGCAAAUUGUUUGACUUCAAGAACAGAUAAACAAUUUGUUUUAUCAGAUAUUGUUUGGCAAACAGAUAUUGUUUGGCAAACAAUGUUAUGCUCUGUUCACACUAUCGCAAUUUCUGCAACAACGACAUGUGAUUUACCUUUAUUGGUAUUACUGGAUAGUGUAAACAGACAUUAAGAUGAGUUUGAUAGACAAAUAUCUAGUUGCAUUUUAUUAAGAUUGUAAGCAAUGCAACAAAUAUAGAUCAUAAAAGAAAAGGGAAGUGAAUCGAGCAGAUUUUAUUUAAUGAAUUUAUUAUUGUAAUGUUUCCCAAGUGGAACAAGUUAAUAAAUGUGCAAUAUGCAUCAUAUGACUUUUAAAAGUAAA